AUGAAGUCCAUGGCCGCUAUCGCAUCAGCGGCGAGCCUGAUUUGCUCUGCUGCGGCCGCAUCCCGUGCACCCCUUCCGUUCGACAUCACCGAAGUCGACCUGUCGUCCCUGCAGAAACGCAACGUCGACAGCGAGCCCUUGGAAGUGUCCCCUCACGUUCUCGAACUAAACAGAGUCGUUGGUGCCUCCCCGGCCCAGACAUGGAUUCAGUCCAUUCGGAAUGGGCCUGGCUCGAACGGCAUGUACAAGACAGGCCAUGUCACAAACUUGACCGACUUGAACGGCUACGAGUAUAUCGCCAGCAUCCUCUUCGGUGAUGAGACUCUUCAAGUGAUCGUCGACUCCGGAUCAAGUGACACAUGGGCUGUCCAGAAGGACUUUAUCUGCCAAGACUCUAACGGCAACAGGUUGAACGACACCUCAUUGUGCAACUUCGGGCCCACGUACAACGGUACGUUCCAGCACGGCUCCAUUCCUGGUGUUCACUUCAACAUCACCUACGGUGACGGUGAAUUUGCCACAGGCCUCAUGGGCUAUCAGGACAUCACCCUUGCCGGUCUCGAGGUGCCGCACCAAGAAGUUGCCUUGGUCAACAAGACUUACUGGAACGGCGACAACGUCGCUAGUGGCUUGCUCGGCCUCGCCUAUGACUUACUCACCAGCGAGUACGACGAUGCGACCGGCAAAUCCGUCUACUAUGACUCCAUCUUCACGACUAUGUCCAAGAAGGGCAUCGUCAAGCCCGACCUCUUUAGCAUGGCCAUGGACAGCAAGUCUCAGGUCGGUCAAUUGGCUUUCGGCGGAUUGCCUCCUGUCGAGACCAAGGGCAAGUUUAUCAGCACGCCUAUCCGAAUGGUCGCCCUCUUAUCUCACAGGCCCGAGGCGAAAACCGAGUACUCUUUCUACACCAUCCUUCCUGACGGAUAUGUCAUCAAGAACGUGACCAUGGCCCCUACUACUAACCAGACCCUGGCUGCAAGCAAGUGGAAUACCGCAGUCUCUAAGCCUGCCGGGUUUCACAACAGUACAACUCCCACGAUUGUCGACAGUGGCACGACUUUGAUGUAUGUGCCUUCUGAUAUCUCCGAUGCAUUCGCAGCUGGAAUUCCCAACUCCUUCUACGACAUCUUUUCUGGCGCAUAUUAUGCUCCCUGUGAUGCUACAGUACCAGACUUUGGUAUUGUGAUCAACGGGCACACUUUAUACGCCGACAAAGCCGAUUUGAUCCAGCGUAGCGACCCGCUUGACAAUGGUGACGGCACCUUUGUCUGUCUGCUUGGUGUCACCGACGGCGGGGAGGGCCCUUACAUUUUGGGUGACACCAUGAUGAACAGCCUCGUGACUGUGUUCGACGUUGGCGCAGGUAUGAUGCGGUUUGCUAGUCGUAAAUGA